UGCCAACAGUCCAGUAGAAAAAGAGGAAAAAAGGGGAGAACUUCAAUCAUCCAGAUAGCAAAAGAACAAAAAAACGAGCCGAUGCAAAACAAUUCUCAACUCAUGCGGCUCACGGAAUGCACGAGAUUGCGGAGCGUUCCAGACACCCGAACGAGAACGAACACAGACACGAGCACACGACUGCACAAGCUGAGAGCGUCACUCGCACAGUCCCGGUACCCAAGCCAUGAGAGCCGCAUACCUUGCGUUGCGCAGGCUAGCUCGCCGCCGCCAUCGCCGCAGUAGCAGCAGCAGCGUCGGAUCAUUACCCCCUAAUCGUCGUCAACCACCCCACGAUUAUCUUAGUCCCCAUGUGAAUUAUACUACUAAUCUUUGCUCCCCGCGUGCGAUUAUUCUAUCGCCAUGGCGCCAUCCGCGAGCGUUUACUUUCGCCAGAAGCUCCGGGGCCGCCGCGGCUCAGCUGCUGCUGUUCUCCAGCCUCGCGGGGAGGGAGGGGGAGGGGGAGGUGGAGGUGCUGGACAUGGAGGCCGGCACGGUGCGGUGCGCGGCCAACUACGCGCCGCUGACGCCGCUCAGUUUCAUCGAGCGCGCCGCGGCCGUCUACGGCGACCGCGCCGCGGUGGUGUUCGGGGAGAGGCGGUACACGUGGAGGGAGGCGCGGCGGCGGUGCGUCCGCGUGGCCGCCGCGCUCGCCACCCGCUUCGGCGUCGCCCGCGGCGAUGUGGUUGCUGUUUUGAGCCCGAAUGUGCCGGCAAUGUACGAGCUGCACUUCGCCGUGCCGAUGGCCGGUGCAGUCCUGUGCACGUUCAACACGCGGCACGACGCGCCCAUGAUCUCCACCCUGCUCGGCCACUCCGGCGCCAAGGUGUUCUUCGUCGAGUCGCACCUCCUCGACGUCGGGAGAGCAGCGCUGAGGCGCCUCGCCGACACAGCGAACACCGCCACUCUCCCGGUUCUUCUAACCAUCUCCGACCACGGCGCCGACGACGGCGACUCAGGUUGCGUGGACUACGAGGAUCUUGUCAAGGACGCCCCGUCGCAGUUCGACAUCCGGUGGCCGGCGGACGAGAUGGACCCGAUCACGCUCAACUACACCUCCGGCACGACGUCGCGGCCCAAGGGCGUGGUCUACAACCACCGCGGAGCCUACCUCAACACCAUCGCAACAGUCCUCGCGUACGACAUCACCGCCAUGCCGACGUACCUGUGGACCGUGCCGAUGUUCCACUGCAACGGCUGGCAUCUGCCGUGGGGCGUCGCCAUGCAGGGCGGCACCAACGUCUGCCUCCGCCACUUCACGGCGAAGGUCAUCUUCGACAACAUCGCGCGGCACGGGGUGACGCACUUGGGCGGCGCGCCGACGGUGCUCAGCAUGAUCGCCAACGCGCCGGCCGCAGACCGGAAGGCUCUGCCUGGGCCGGUGCGCGUCAUGACGGGUGGCGCGCCGCCGCCGCCCCGCGUUUUGUUCGCCAUGGAGGGGCUCGGCUUCGUGGUGUACCAUAUCUACGGCCUCACCGAGACGUACGGCCCCGCCACCGUCUGCACGUGGAUGCCGGAGUGGGACGCGUUGCCGGCGGAGGAGCGGGCGCGGCUAAAGGCGCGGCAGGGGUUCCAUCACAUCGCGUUGCAGGUCGCCGUCAAGAACUCGACGACGAUGGAGAACGUGCCGAACGACGGGCAGACGGUGGGUGAGGUGAUGUUCCGGGGGAACACCGUGAUGAGCGGCUACUACAAGGACAUCGGCGCGACGAGGAAGUCCAUGGCCGGCGGUUGGCUGCACAGCGGGGACCUCGCCGUGAGGCACCCCGACGGAUACAUCCAGCUCAAGGACCGGGCCAAGGACAUCAUCAUAUCGGGCGGCGAGAACAUCAGCUCGAUCGAGGUGGAGUCGGUGAUCUUCAGCCACCCGGCGGUGCUGGAGGCGGCGGUGGUGGCGAGGCCGGACGAUUACUGGGGCGAGACGCCGUGCGCGUUCGUCAAGCUGAAGGAGGGCGCCAACGCCACGGACGCCGAGAUCAUAAGCUUUUGCCGGGAGAGGCUGCCGCAUUACAUGGCGCCCAAGACGGUGGUGUUUGAUGAGCUGCCCAAGACGUCGACGGGGAAGACGCAGAAGUUCGUGCUCCGGGAGAAGGCCCGGGCUUUGGGCAGUCUCACCAAGUCUGCCAACAGUAAACUGUAAGAUAAUUUGUGCUGUUGGGAGUUGGAUGGGGAAGCUCUGUUUGCAAAUUUGUCAUCCGUUUUUUUUUUCUGUUUCCAACGAUGUCAUUCGAAUGACACAUUUUUGGUUAUUUUUAUAUUUUUUAUAGUUUUAUAACAAUAAUUUAAA